CCAACUAGUACAGCAGUACUCUCUCUCACUCUCUCUCUCACACACACACACUAUACAAACUUACAAACACGUUCUCUUUCCCACAUUACAUACACACUGAUACACAAACUGCUUCUCUUACUCCGAGGAGACAACAAAAGUUCAUUGCGGCAGAACCCAAAUUCAGAAUAGAUACUUACACAGCUUCUUUUUAGUGUUUUUUGAGAGAGAACAAAUCUGGGGAGCAGAAGAGAGGAUAUUUUAGAGUUCUGAUCCACACCCAGAAAUGGGUACAUCGAACUUUUUCGUAACUUUCAUUCUUUUUCUUGCACUUCUGCGUUUACAAAGUGUUUAUGGAAAUGCCGAGCUGAGAGCUCUAAUGGAGAUAAAGUCUUCUUUAGACCCAGAAAACAAUUAUCUCUUCUCAUGGACCAAUAAUGGUGAUCUAUGUAGUGGCACAUUCGAGGGUAUUGUUUGUAAUGAGCACAAUAAAGUGGCCAACAUUUCUCUGCAAAGCAAAGGACUCAAAGGUAGAAUUUCGCCGGCGGUGGCCGGACUAAAGUGCUUGUCGGGUUUGUACUUGCAUUACAACUCUUUGACUGGGGAGAUUCCGAAAGAGAUAGCAAAUCUUACUGAGUUGACUGAUCUGUAUCUCGACGUGAACAACCUUUCUGGAAGCAUUCCUCCUGAGAUUGGAAGCAUGGCGAGUCUUCAAGUUCUGCAGCUAGGUUGUAACCAAUUAACGGGUAGCAUACCAGCAGAGAUUGGGUUCUUAAAGAAGCUAAGUGUCCUGGCAUUGCAAUAUAAUGGCAUGAUCGGUCAGAUUCCUGCAACGUUAGGGAACUUGGGGAUGCUGAAAAGGCUUGAUCUGAGCUUUAAUCAGCUUUCUGGCCCAAUUCCUAUAAGAUUAGCCAAUUUACUCCUACUGGAGUUUCUAGAUGUUCAGAAUAAUACCCUCUCUGGGGUUAUCCCUCCUGCUUUGAGAAGGUUGAAUGGAGGAUUCCACUUUGAGAACAAUCCUGGUUUAUGUGGUGUUGGGUUCUCUUCAUUGAGAGUUUGCACUGCUUGGGACGAUGUAAGAGUUGAACCCAUUGUUCCUAUAAUAAAUAAUACUGCUCCCGAAAGUAUGCCUCGGGCUGCUAAUUUUCAUAGGCAUUGCAACCAAACACAUUGCUCAAACUCUUCGAAACUCCCUCGAUUUGGCAUUGUUGCUGGGGUUAUUACUGUAACUGUCACGUUGAUUGUUGUUGGAUGCUUAAGCGUAUUUCAAUACCGUCGGCGAAAACAGAAAAUUGGGAGCUCAUCUGAUACUUUUGACGAUCGUAUUAGCUCUGAACAGGCCAAAGAAUUCUCCUCGAGAAGUGCCUCUCCUCUGAUAACUCUUGGGUAUUCGAAGGGAUGGGAUCCUAUGAUAGAUGGUCAAAAUUGCAAUGGGUUCUGUGAGUUUUUGCCUGGCUUUAAGUUUAAUUUGGAAGAGGUUGAGUCAGCAACUCAGCACUUCUCAGAGGUGAACUUGUUGGGGAAGAGCAAUUUCUCUGCAGUCUACAAAGGUAUUUUAAAAGAUGGAUCCAUUGUUGCUAUCAAGAGCGUUAGUGUGAUGAGCUGUAAGUCGGAAGAAGCAGAGUUCAUGAGAGAGCUGAGCUUAUUGACCUCUCUGAAACAUGAGAACCUUGUUAGGCUGAGAGGAUUUUGUUGUUCCAAAGGCAGGGGUGAAUGCUUUCUCAUUUAUGAUUUUGCUUCUAAUGGAAAUCUGUCUCAGUAUCUGGAUGUUGUAGAUGGAAGCUGUCCAGUUCUUGACUGGCCCACAAGGCUUUCUAUCAUCAGUGGGAUUGCAAAAGGUAUUGGAUAUUUACACAGCAGUGAAGCAAACAAAUCCGGCAUAGUUCAUCAAAACAUAUCGGUGGAGAAAAUCCUCCUUGACGAGCGUUUCAACCCAGUGAUUUUAGAUUCCGGUCUGCUUAAGCUCCUUGCAGAUGAUGUUGUCUUCUCAGCCCUGAAAGUCAGUGCUGCCCUGGGAUAUAUGGCUCCUGAGUACAUUACCACUGGCCGAUUUACAGAGAAGAGUGACAUGUUUGCUUUUGGGGUGAUCAUCCUUCAGAUCCUCUCUGGAAAACGAAAACUCAGCAACUCAAUACGACUGGCAGCCGAAUCUUGCAGACUUGGAGAUUUUGUUGAUCCAAAUCUCAAGGGCACCUUCUCUGAAUCUGAGGCUGCUAUGUUGACAAAAGUUGCACUGGUUUGCACCCAUGAGCUUCCAGACUACAGGCCGACCAUGGCAACAGUAAUUCAAGAGCUGACCAAGGCUAGUGGUAAUUCUUGAUGGUGGCCAUCACCUCGUCUAAACUGAGGAGCUUAUGAUGAUGACGUGAUGAUGAUGAGAAUAUGACAUGGGAUCUCACUCAGCAUUCUCCUGACGACAAAAGCUUCGCUUGGUAUGCAUAUUAGUACAGCUAGGGAUCACAAAUGUUGUUACCAAAAAGAAAAUCCCAAAAGGUGUGGGAUUAUAAAUCAUUUGGGAUAGGAUACCCCAUGUUUCAUCUCAUUGGAAGGAUCCCAUCAAUAUGAGGUGUAUAAUGACACAUCAUUUGGCAUUUGUUUUUUGGUAAAUUAUUUGGGAUAUAUAGCUUUACUCAUGUAAAUUAAGGUUGGUUCUUUGUAGAUUCCAGUGGAGGUGCAGAGUUGCUGGGGAAAGUAAUUCCCCUUGAUUGCUUGGCUGUAAUUAAUACAACUAUGCUGACACCACCUUGAAGUAGAAGCUCAAAAGUAAUAAAAGAAAUUGUAAUGCUUACGAUUUGUUUCUGAUUGUUUCCUUUCUUUUGACGCCAAAUUCUGUAACCCUGCUGAUACUGAGCCACCUGCUAAAUUUGCUCAUGUGAAUCAAUG